AUGUCUGGACAAAAUCGCUCUUCAGUGUCUGAAUUCAUCCUCCUUGGAUUUUCAGAACAGCCAGAAAUGACAGCUCCUCUUUUCAUAUUUUUCCUAAUGAUCUAUGUUAUCACAAUAGUGGGUAACUUGGGCAUGAUUUUGCUGAUCAGAAUGGACCCUCAGCUUCAUACACCCAUGUACUUUUUCCUCAGCAACUUGGCUUUCAUAGAUUUUUGCUAUUCUUCCACCAUCAUCCCCAAGGUUUUGGCAAUUUUCCUGUCAAGAAGGAAAACCAUUUCCUUCACAGGAUGCUUCAUCCAAAUGUACUUCUUUCUUGCUUUUGCCAGUACAGAGUGCAUUCUUUUGGGGCUGAUGGCAUAUGACCGUUAUGUGGCCAUCUGCAAUCCUUUGCUGUACCCUUCCCUCAUGUCCCAUGCCCAAUGCCUCAAAAUGGCAGGAGGAGCCUUCACAGCUGGAUUCCUGAACUCCAUAAUUCAUACCACCCUAAUAGGUACUUUAUCUUUCUGCCAGUCCAAUGAAAUCAACCACUUCUUCUGUGAUCUCCCCCCACUCCUUAAGCUGUCAUGCUCAGACACCUCUGCAAGGAAAACAAGACUGAGCAAAAUGGCCAAGUGGAACCACACAACAGUGCACGAGUUCCUUCUCCUUGGCUUCACCGAUCGUCAAGAGAUCAAUACAGGCCUCUUUGUCCUCUUUUUAGCCAUCUAUGUGGCCACUUUGGUGGGGAACAUUGGUAUUAUAUUAUUAACCUGGAUCUGCCCCAGUUUAUACAGUCCAAUGUACUUUUUCCUCAGCAAUUUGGCUUUCUUAGAUAUUAGUUAUUCUUCCACCAUUGCUCCCAAGAUGCUGGUCAAUUUCUUAAAAGAGAAGAAGGCUAUUUCAUUCGCAGGGUGCAUUGCUCAAAUGUAUCUGUUUGCUUCCUUUGCAGAUGCUGAGUGCCUUCUUCUGGCUGCCAUGGCAUAUGACCGCUACAUGGCCAUUUGUAACCCGCUACUCUACCCUGUCCAUAUGUCUCACAAAGUGUGCAUCUCUUUGGUAACAGGUUCUUAUCUGAUUAGCAGCAUGACCUCAUUGGUGCAUACUUGUUUUACUUUUCACAUCUCCUUCUGUGGAUCAAAUGUCAUCAAUCAUUUCUUCUGUGACAUCCCUCCACUCUUAGCUCUCUCCUGUUCCAGCACCCACGUAAAUGAGAUGCUCCUUUUCUCCCUGUGUGGUUUUAUACAAAUGAGCACUUUCUUGUUCAUCUUCGUCUCCUAUUUCUCUAUCCUUUACACCAUUUUGAAAAUUCCUACCAAUAAAGGCCGCCAGAAAGCAUUUUCAACUUGCAGCUCCCACUUAAUUGCUGUUGCCCUUUUCUAUGGCACCCUCCUUUUCACUUAUCUACGACCUACUUCCAGUUAUGCCCUAGACACUGAUAAAAUAAUCUCAGUUUUUUAUACUGUGGUGUUUCCCAUGAUGAACCCCUUCAUCUAUAGCCUGAGGAACAGUGAAGUGAAGGAUGCCUGGAAGAAAACAUUGGGAAGAAAUGUUUCCUGUCAUUCAUGA